GGUAAAGUUAGUCGGUGUAUAAUGUUAGCUUGUUACGUUAGUUCUUCAACGCUAGCUAGCUUUCUCCUCCCACCAUCCCUCCCCAGACGUGCAUCUCUCCUCCCUUUUCUUUCAGUUUGUGUGUCCGGGUUGUUUACUCUGCUGUGCAAAUAGACUACCAUUGGCGUCAAUUCUAAAGUAUUAAUGUAAUUCAGAUAUUAAAAGCAACGUCUGCCCAAAGUUCAAUGGAUCUGCGGCAGCAGUGUACAGUUGGACGCGCUGAAACAGAUAUUUCGUCAUGGUCCUAAAGCCGUCCUCGCCUUAAACAAUCGCUCAGUGGUGCGACAGAGAAAACAAAUACAUUGACCUUAUUUUGAGGUUGUUAACUAUAUCUUUCCAAAUAAGGCUGCUGGCUCUACAGCAAUAACAGAAUAAUUGCAAAAAGAUGGCAUCACCCCAGCCAGGCAGUCCGCCCACUGUAGAGCAGUAUACACCUCCACCUGCUGAGAAAGAGGCCUCCAAAGAUCCAGAUGAAAUCAAGGAGCAACCCACCAGACGGAGAGGCAAAGGCAGGCCCCCCAAGCCUAAGCCCACGUAUAAAUGUGCUGCCUGCAAGGAGGCAUUUCCUAGUCCUGCGGCACUACGGAGCCACAAGGUCUCAAAGCAUGCAUGGCUGGAGUGGCAAGGGCAGCACACCUGUGUCCAGUGCAAUAAGGCUUUCCCCAGCCGAGCCCAGCUUUCAAAGCAUCAGCGCUCCCACUCCGACAACCGUCCCUUCCAGUGUCCUCAGUGUCACAAGGCUUACAAGACCCACACAGAGCUGCGCAACCACAGCCGCUCCCACACCGGUGAGAAGCCUUUCGUGUGCACCGAGUGCGGCAAGGCCUUCAUGCAGGCCAUCUGCCUACGCAUCCACAUGACCCAGCACAGCGGUGAGAGACCCCACUCCUGUCCGCACUGUUCCAAGAGUUACCCCACCCUCUCCAAGCUGAAGGUGCACCAGCGGUCACACACGGGCGAGAAGCCCUACUUCUGCGCCGAGUGUGGGAAGAGCUUCGCCGACCCCUCCGUGUACCGUAAGCACCGGCGGAACCAUCAGGGGCAUCGGCCCUACUCCUGCAGCCAGUGUGACAAGACGUACACAGAGCUGAAGGACCUGAAGAACCACGAGCGUUCACACACGGGGGAGAAGCCCUACCUGUGCUCCGACUGCGGCAAAGCCUUCUCCCGGUCCUCCUCCCUGGCCUGCCACCUGCGCAUCCACUUGCAGAACAAACCCUACCAGUGCGGACUGUGCAACAAAGGCUUCACUCAGCGGUCCUCUUACCAGUCCCAUCUGCGCACACACUCGGGUGAGAAGCCUUUCCUAUGCCCACAGUGUGGCAAAAUGUUCUCGGACCCCUCCAGCUUUCGGCGACACCAAAGGGCGCACCAGGGCUUUAAGCCCUAUGUUUGCGACAAGUGCACCAAAAAGUUCCGGCAGCCAGCAGACCUGGCUGUGCACCAGAGGGUCCACUCUGGGCAGAGGCCCUACAAGUGCCAGAACUGUGACAAGGCCUUUGUGGCAUCCUGGGACUUGCGGCGGCACAUGCUGGUGCACACAGGUCUUCGGCCCUUCUCCUGCACCGAGUGUGGCAAGUCGUUCGCUGAGCGCUCAAGCCUCAACAAGCACCGCCGCGUGCACACCGGCGAAAGGCCCUUCAAGUGCGAACAGUGCUUCAAGUCGUUCGUGGUCUCCUCCAGCCUGCGCAAGCAUGAGCGGACGCACGUGGCAGAGAGGCCCCAGGAGGCACCCACGGCCCCAGACGAGGCUACGCAGCCCUUCUCCACGCCCACGCUCCCCCAGUUCUCCUGCAGCGUUUGCGACCUGACAUUUGGCACAUGGGAGGAGGUGCAGGCGCACGAGAGCUACCACGUCACCAGCCCGCCACCGCCACCAACGACCUCCACUGUAGUGGCACUGCCCCUUGGCCCGCACGUGUGCGCCACCUGCCAGGCAGAGUUUGUGCAGCUGGCUGACCUGCACGAGCACGAGAAGAUGCACCCCAAGCCGCGGCCGCAUGUCUGCGAGAGCUGCGGAAAGGCCUUCCUCAAUAAGGCCGGCCUACGCAAGCACCAGCGCAUCCACUCCACCGUGCGGCCCCACGCGUGCCAGGUGUGCGGCAAAGCCUUCCUGUUCGCUGCAUACCUGCGUAAACACUUGCGCACACACCGUGACGCCGACCCCACUGGCCAGAUCGCCCACACCCACACCCAGCCCCUGCCCUCACCCUCGCCCCCUGGUGCGAUGUCCCCCUCCGCAGCUGAAUCCAGCACCAUCUCCCUCACAGUGCCCGUAACAGUGCCAGUGUCGGCGUUUCAGACGGUGCCCACACAUGUCUACAUUGAUAAGGACAAUGGACUCUGAGGUGGACCAUCAGUUAAUCCAUUAAUUAUUUCAAAGCAUGAGGCCUACUGCAUUUUUUGACCUCAUAAUCACAGAUAUAUUCGUAUGAUACUAAAUGAAAGGAAAAGAGUUGACCAAAAAUCUGCAUGUAUGUUUCCAGUAUUAUAUGAUCCUGACUCCAUGCUGUUUAUAGCUGGGUAGGUGCUCUGUGAUCUUGCAGGGUGAUUAGAUCUGCAGUGACAUCUAACACAUUAAGGCAAGUUUCAUAACUGCUAAGAAUGGUGACAUGAUGAGAGUCAAGAUGCAGAUGCACUCCCACGUAGUUUAGUGCAGUGGUUUCAGUUUACCUCUUGCAUCUCCGCUCUUUUACGUGAAUGACUCUGUACUGUUUUAUUUCUGUGAUCUAAGCAUAAUGGUCUCAUUUUAUAUAAAACGCUAUUCAUUUAUUGCCAUGUUUGGGUUAUCCAUAAUCAAUUACUUAAAAACGAGAAUGGAUGGGAUGACAAAUAUUUAGAAACUAAUGUAGUGAACACAUGUGAUUUCUUCUCACACUUUUUCAAUUUUGUGUGACCAAGGUGAGCAGCAUAUACAAAUAUUUAAUACUACCUGGUUGAAGUCACUGAAUGUUGUACUUUAAAUAUUUUUUAUAUGAAAUGGAGAUCAACAUCUGUCCUUUUUCUUUCCCCCUCUGUUGGACAUUUCUAUUUAAUUUAAGUGAGAUUGCGGUAAUGCUCUGUAUCUUUCAGUCAUCUGUCCUCUGGCGGCCUAGCCAAAGCAGUGCUGAGGUCAUGAGUUGUGACUGUUGGGUUGGCACAAUAAAGUCACACAAAAAUA